AUGAAGGCUACGUGCAUAAUCGUUGUGCUUUGCGUGACUUUCGCAAUGGCUUCAGCCAUCUACGGUGGCUAUGGCGGAUACGGCGGAUUUGGUGGCUUCGGUCGUGGACUUGGAUACGGUGGCUUCGGCGGUGGCUAUGGUGUCAUCGGAGGAUUCGGCGGCGGUUACGGUGGCUUCGGCGGCAUUGGUGGUUUCGGUCGCGGUAUCGGCGGAGGUUUCGGCGGUUAUGGCGGAUAUGGAGGCUUCGGCGGAGGUUUUGGCCGUGGAUUUUACGGCUAG